CCUCACAACGAUGGGAUGGAGUCGCCCUUUGUAUGUUACUGACAUUUUGUUAAAGAGUUAUUGAGACCAAAAGUCCGCAUCUGUCAACAUGCUGCUAACUUUAAUAGACUGUUUAUUGAAUGAAAUAAUAAUUCGUGGCCACGAAUUAGUUUUUCUUGCGCACGAUUUAUUAUUUCGUGGCCACAAAUUAGCUUGUGGAAGCUUGUUCAGUCGCGUUUACGUCACAAGUUCUCAUUUUGGAGCUCAAACUUACCGCGGUGGAGCUUAGCUUGUAGCUUGUAGCCUGAGCUGAGGACGGCCAGCUGUGGUGUGGCUGCAGAGCACUGAUCACUCUCUGCAGCGCUUUCUGUUCGGCUUGAAUCAGCGGCGCCGUGAACAGCAAUUAGUGAUUGUGAAACGCAUACUGUAAUGCACUAUAUCGAAAUUUUGUUUAAAACUCAUAUCACCGUUUUUGAAUAAUCAUUUGAUAUCGACAUCAAAAUCUUUAACAUAUUUCAAAAUCGAUAUCAUUUGAUAUCGAAAUUCUGUCCAGCACUAUGUUAGAUGUAUCAAAUGGAGCCAACAGGUUCUCAUGUACUAAAUAUCUGAGUUGGGAGUGUCAACAGGACAAUGACUUGCAACUUUAGUUUCCAGCCUGAAUGUGAAGAGAUCAGUCAUUUAAAAUCAUACCAAAACCUCACAAACACACAAAACAGGUUUUACUCACACCCAACAAUUCACAAACAAACUCAGUGUGUUCUGUAAAUAAAUUCACAAAAUAAUUUUUCAAGUACAAAACAUAAAAAUCGCACCCGCAAGACUUUUAAGAGGCUCUGAAAGAAGGUUCCACAUUACUCCAGUCCUGCCUUCUCUUCAUUGGUUAAAUGUUAGAAUACAUUUUAAAAUGUUCGUCCUCACCGUCCUCAAUACAUGACCGACCUGCUGAAGCCUCAGUCUUAACCCUGUAAUCAGAGGUCAGCAGGUCAGAAGCUCCUCUUUGCCCCAUGCACUCAUUUAAAACUGGAGGAGAUAAGACUUUCCAGGCAGUGGCAACAAAACUCUGCUUUCUAAGAAUUAACAGAUUAAUCUAAAGAUUUGUCCCCAACGAAACCCCAUGUUUUAUUCUGUUGCUUGUGUUUUUCAAUUCUUCUCUGACACUUUUAAUCUGUUUUUCACAAUGUUGUCAACAUGAUUUGAUUUUUGCUCCAUAUUCCAUAUUCAUGUCUUUCAAAAUUUUUCUUAGAUCCCAAUGUUACGGCUGCUGCCUUUGUGUGUCAUGGUUUGAUCCUCUUUGUCUCCCCCAGGUGUCCAGUUGUGUUUUUCUUUCCUUUCCCAGCCUUCAGCCAAGACCUCACCUUUCCAGCCAGCAGCCAUCCUGGACACCUGUCGCCAAUCAUCCCAUCAGCCGAUCAACCAAUCAACCUCCAGUCCUGCCCCUAUAUAUUGUUUUGCACCCUGUGUUUCUGCCUGUCUGUCUGUCUGAGAGAGAUCACUGCAUCUCUUGGAGAGCUUUUUGACGCUUUGACUAAAGUUUGAGACAUCUUGUUUUUGCCCUCCUCAGCCAAAGCUACUAUUUGAGGACUUACUUUUGUUAAACCCUGCCUGUCCCCACCUAGUGUGUUUUGUAGUCAACCCCAUUCUCUGUAUUGUCUUCUUCCCUGGAGAAGGGCUCCAGGUAAGACACCCCGGGGUCUACAUUUCUGCACGUAGGUGACUUUCUGUAUAUACACACUAGGUAAGUGUGGGCGGCUGCCACGAUCUUCUGUAGCAGGUAGGUAAGGUUCAGGCAUAGUUAGUGAGUUAGGGCUAGUCACUGGUUAAGAUAGUUAGGGUCAUAGGGUUGAGGUGUAGGAGAAGAUUAGGGUUUUUGUGUUUAGUGGCACCGCCCACAGGGCCCUUCUCCUAACGUCCGCCUGCCCUCCAUUAGCUCUCCCCAUUUUUGCUGUUUGCCAGUUUUUUUUUGUUUAGGAUUAUUACGUUUUGUUGUUUAAAGCCUGCUGGCUGCAUUCUGGCAUUUUUGUUGUAUCUUGUGAGUUUGUAACGUUGCUUCUGUUUAAUUAUCUUUUGUUAUAUAAAUUCCCUUUUCCUUUGGGGAAAAGGCCACCCAAACCCUUUUGUGCUGCACCUUGCUUCGUCCGCACACCACCUGAAGCAUUUACAUCAGCCAGUAGGCCUGCGCGUAAGCGUUGCGUUUCCCCCCCCGCUCCUAGCUUGGCCAUCUAUAACAUCUAAAGGGGGGGGACGUAAACAAUUUCAUUUUUUCAUUCUUUUAUUCUGGAAAGCUCUUUGGAACUGUGUUUUAGAAAAAUGCAACACUAACUGACUUUAAUAUGAUUAUUUUUAUUAUUAUUUUCAUUAUUAUUAUUAUUAUCAUUAUUAUUAUUAUAUUUUCUUUAUACGUCCUUCUUUACUUCUUAGAGAGCCGGGUCCAAACAAUGGUCCUGAGGCGCUAAAGGGUAGCUGUUACUUUCUACUUGACUGAUAGAACCCUCCGUAGUAUGUGUGCUGUUCCAAGGAGGGCUGGACUUCUUGGAUGUUGAUGUUGCCAGGGAUCUUGUCGGUGUAUUUCUCUCAUCCCUUCUUCCCAAGUCCAAGAGCUCCGAUGAUCACUGGUAUUGUUGUGGUCUUUGUUCCCCACAUCCUAUUGAUCUCGAUUUCCAGGUCCUUGUAUUUCGACAGCUUUUCUGUUACCUUGACAGAGGUGUUGCUUUCAGAUGGUAUGGCCAUGUCUAUUUCUGGGACAUUCAUCUCCUGCUUGAAUUUCGCAGCUUCCUUUUUGAUGGAGUAGAGCUUUUUCUUGUCUUCAUGAUGUUUCACUAUUUGGAGAAGUGGGUCUUCUGUUGAUGACAGGUAGGUGUCAAGGCCUAUGAUGGUGGUUUUAUAGGUUAGUUCUAAUUGGACCAGGCCUCUCCCUCCUUCUACUCUUGGUAAGUAUAGCCUGUCGACAUCAGCUUUUGGGUGGUGCAUCUUUUCCAUGGGUAGCAUUUUCCUGGUCUUGGUGUCUAGUCUUCUGAUGUCAUUCAGCGUCCAAUUGAUGAUGUUGAAGCUGUACGUCACUACGGGUAUGGCUAGGGUGUUGAUAGCCUCGAAUCGGUUGGCCGCGUUAAGUUCGCUCUUCAGUACCAUUCUUACGCUCCUGUAGUACUCUUUCCAGAUCUUUUCCUUCAUGGCUGUUGGAUUCCAUCUCCUUUGUUCACUCCUAGGUACCUGUACGUGCCUUCCUGAUCUAUCUCCUUGAUGACGGUGUUGAUGUCAAGGUUGAUGUUAGUGGUCUUUGUCAGCCGACUGUUGUGGAAUUUUUGGUGAAUCAGAGCCAAAGAUGACGAGUCAAGGUGUUGACACUGCACAAGGAGGAUUUAUUGAGCAAGGCUGUUGCUCCGAGGAGAAUCCAACCCGACUCUGGCAUGACUUCCGGCCAUGCCAGGUCAUAUAGCUAGAUCUCACCAGACUAGCAGACGCUGUUUCGAAGUGACUUCAGACAUAACAGAGCGGUCUUCACACUGUGUUCCUGAGAACUUUGAAAACGAAGCAUUAUUCCAUAUCACCGACCUCUUUUGAAGGUGGCUUUGGCACAUUUGUCGAGUCCAAGCUCCAUCUUGAUGUCAUCACUGAAGGCCUUGACGAUGGUGAGUAGGCCUGUCUGUUGGUUGUCAUCUUUGGUCUUCAGAUCGUCCAUGUAGAAGAGAUAGUUAAUUUUGCCGUUCUGUGCUUCAUACCCAUAAUUGGUUUUGUUGAGCAAGGUGCUGAGGGGUGCUUGUGCCUGGCAAAAGAGCAGUGGUGAUAAUGAGUCUCCUUGGAAGAUCCCGCUGUUGAUGUUGAUUGGUCUGAAUAUUAGUGACCCAUUUGCGUGAUGGAGGUUCAAGGUGGUCUUCUGAAUCUUCAUGCUCUGUACAAUGAAUCGGGUGAUGGUUGGGCAGACUCUAUAGAUCUGGAGGGUCUUCUCUAUCCAGGUGUGAGGCACGCUGUCAAAUGCCUUCUUGUAGUUGAUCCAUGCUGUUGACAAGUUCUUCUUCGACUUGGCCUCUUCGAGUACGGCUUUGUUGAUGAGCAGCUGGUCUUUGCAUCCAUAACUUCCUUUCCUACAUCUUUUCUGCUCUGCUGGUAAUAGGUUAUUCUUGUCGAGAAAGUUCUCUCUGUGAUGAUUAAAGUGAGGAUCUUGUACAUGGUUGGUAAGCAGGUGAUGGGUCGGUAGUUCUUCGGGUUCUUCGUUUCUUCUGUCUUUGGGAGAAGGUAGGUGAUACCUUGAGUGAGUCAUUCGGGACAGUCAGCUGGAUUUUCUAUGAUGUUUGUAAAUGCCCCUGCAAAGAUCUUCAUGUGUGCUAGGGAGGUUUUUGAUUCAGAAAUUGGCAAUUCCAUCUCUUCCCAAUGCCUUCCAGUUGCUGGACUUGUUGAUGGCGGUAGUGGUCUCUGUGAUGUUGAUUUCUGACCAUUCUUGGCUCUGUAGGUUCUUGUGCUGGUCCUAUUCUUGUUGGAUCCAGCUAGCUUGUUCAUCAUGUGUUUUGUUGUUCUCCCAUAUUUUGCUCCAGAACUCCUCAACUUCUUUGAUGGGGGGUGGUUCACUGACCACGAUCUUCUUCUUUCCAAGCUCUCUAAAGAACUUUUUUGCAUCUUCUUUAAGGAUCUUAUUCUGUCGAAAGAAGUUGCUUCUUUUAGUAAAUCUCCUGAGUCUCUGUGCCUUUGCUUGUAUCUUUUGCUUCAGAGUUUCCUUGGCUUUUGGUAUGUCUUCCUUCUUCUUGAUGUUCAGCUUUCUUUCCAGUUGUUUCCUCUUCCUCUCUUUGACUGUUGAACCUUUUUCGAUUUCACUCAGGAGUGAUAGAUCUCCGCGUAGCGUCUUAAUCUCUUUCUCGAUCUUUUCUUUCCAUACUGGUUGUUUUCUUGCUUGCGUCUGCUUCCUCGAUCUUUCCCCUACUGUUUCUGCAAUUACUACCGCUGUUGCGUAUAUGAGCUGGUUUAUUUCUGUCAGUUCCACCAUUCUUGUCAUGUCGCCCUUGAUCUGGCGUAUCGCUUCACUGGCACAUUUGAUGAUUUGUUGUGUUUGCCGGUCUUUCUUGAUCUUUGUUAUAUGUGGUCUUUCUCCAAUGGGUGUCUCUUUGAUGAUUUCCCAUUUCUGCUUGAUGUAUGUUGUCAUCUCUAAAACUCUUUCAUCAUCAGGUUAAUCUCGGACUACCUCUGGGUAAUCUUCAGGGUCUGUGGUGUUAGCUUCAACUGGUUCUUGAUCAGCUGCAGUUGUUUCGUUGAGUCUGUCUUCAUUCAGUUCCUCUGUGCCGAUGUCUGGGUUGUCAAGUUUGGUCUUUUGCCGGAUGCUCUCAAGUCUCUUAUUAUUAUUAUUAUUAUUAUUAUUAUUAUUAAUAAUUAUUAUAAUAAUUUCUCACCGAAAAUUAAAAGGAGUUGCUUUUUCACAUGUGUCCACUGGGGCCGCACUGUUUAAGCCCAACGUUGAGAACCAGAAGUGACCAGCAGGGGGCAGCAACGCCACCAGCCACAGAUCAGAGAUGCUGCAGUGAAAUGUGUGACGAUGUCUGCUGCCAGCAAUCUGCUCUCUGAAGACCAGUUUCUGUGCUCCAUCUGUCUGGAAGUGUUCACUGAUCCAGUCUCCACACCAUGUGGACACAACUUCUGCAACCAGUGCAUCACUCAGCACUGGAACACCAAGGUCAUCUGUGACUGUCCCCUGUGUAAAGAGGUUUUCUCAAAAAAACCUCAGAUGAAAGUCAACACUUUCAUCUCUGAGAUGGUUUCUCAGUUCAGACGUGAAGCUGAACUCAAAGCCAGCAGCAGCUCAGAGCAACAAGCUGCCAAACCAGGAGAAGUUCCCUGUGACGUCUGCAUUGGAACCAAAGUGAAGGCCCUCAAGUCCUGCCUGGUGUGCCUGGUCUCCUACUGUCAGACUCAUCUGGAGCCUCAUCUGACAGUGUCAGUCCUGAAGAAACAUCAGCUGAUGGAGCCUGUGGAGAACCUGGAAGGCAGGAUGUGUCUGAAGCACCAUAAACCUCUGGAGCUGUUCUGUCAGAGAGAGCAGACAUGUGUCUGCAUGAUGUGCUCUGUUUUAGAGCACAGGAACCACGAGGUUGUUCCUCUGAGUGAAGAAUGGGAAGGAAAGAAGAAGGAGCUGAGGAAGACAGAGGCUGAGAUGCAGCAGAUGAUCCAGGAGAGACGAGUGAAGGUCAAGGAGAUCAGAGAGUGUGUGAAGAGGAGUAAAGCUGCUGCAGACAGAGAGAAAGCAGAAGGUGUUGAGGUGUUCACUGCUCUGAAGGAGUGUGUUGAGAGAGGCCUGAAGCAGCUGAUGGAGAGGAUGGAGGAGGAAGAGGAAGCCAGAGAGAAACAGGCUGAAGGUCUCAUCAGAGAUCUGGAAGAGGAGAUCUGUGAGCUGAUGAAGAGGAGCUCAGAGGUGGAGCAGCUCUUCCUCUCUGAAGACCACCUCCACCUCCUCCAAGGCUUCUCCUCCCUGAAAGCUGCUCCACCCACCAAGGACUGGACAGAGGUCAGCGUCCGUCCAUCAUCAUAUGAGGGGACUGUGGUGAGAGCUGUGGCUCAGCUGGAGGAGACUCUCAGCAAAGAGAUGAAGAAGCUGUUUGAGGCUGAUCUGAAGAGGAAGCAGCAGUUUGCAGUGGAUGUGACUCUUGAUCCUGAUGCAGCUCAUCCUAGACUCAUCCUGUCUGAUGAUGGAAAACAAGUGAGUCAUGGUGAUGUGAGGAAGAAUCUUCCAGACAACCCAGAGAGAUUUGAUGAGUAUGUUGGUGUUUUAGGAAAACAGAGUUUCUCUUCAGGUAAAUUUUACUUUGAGGUUCAGGUUAAAGGAAAGACUGACUGGAGUUUAGGAAUGUGUCAAGAUCCCACGAACAUGAAGGGAGAGGGCACCUAUGAAGGUGUGUGGGUGAUUGGUUUGGAAAAUGGAAAUGAGUAUUCAGCUGGUACGGAUGAUACUGAGAUUGAUCUCUCUCUGAAGCGUGCUCCUGAGAAGGUGGGGGUGUUUGUGGAUUAUGAGGAGGGUCUGGUCUCUUUUUAUGAUGUUGCUGCUGCAGCUCUGAUCUACUCCUUCACUGGCUGCUGCUUCACUGACAAACUCCUCCCAAUCUUCGAUCCCUGUAAUGAUGGUGGUAAAAACUCUGCUCCUCUGAUCAUCUGUCCUGUCAAUCAAACUGUCUGAUCUGUUUUUAUCAUGAAACAUCACCAGCAAUGAAUAAAGUGGUGAGAAAGUGACAGAUUAACUGUGAUUCAUGGUGAACGAUUCUCUGAUUUCAUUGAGCAGCAGUUUGUACCUAAAGAAACGUUCAUCUGACAGUUUGAACAACACAAGUAAAGCUGUGAUGAGAAGAGGAAACACUGAGCAGUCAGAGUCAGUAUCAACCUGUUUCCUCUGAGUCUGAUUCAUGGCAGAGCUCCUUCAUGGUUGAAGAUUCCAUCAGGAGAGUUUUCAUGUGUUUUUAUGUCUUCAUGAGCAGGAAUCUCUCAGUCUGUGUGUCUUCAAGCUGCAGAGUCACAACAUGAACACAUUAGUUUUUCUCUCCAGCUUCAAGGUUUCUUCAAGGGGAAAUUUAAUGUUGAGAUUUUAUAAUCCAGUUUAACACAACCUGUUGGAAGAAGUAUAACAGCUGUCUGUGAGGAUCCAAACUGAGAAAACUGGGUAAAUAGUGUGAUAAUCAUAGUGUCAUUUGUGAUGAUUCUCCCUGUAAAAAGUGUUGAAUGUUGGAAUCAUGGGCUUCAGUUGAUGAAUAAAAACUCCUUUGGAUCAUCUGGAUUCCUCCUGAGUUUGCCUCUAGAUUUUGACUCAUUGGAAGCCAUUUUUUGGGGAACAUGGAUGUAAAAAGUAUUUUGGGCUGAAUCACACUUAAUGCAGGUGGAGAUUUUCUAAAAGGGUCAAGAUUUUUGUGAAAAAUUCAAUCUGCAGCGUUCAAAUAAAGAAUAAUACUAAUUGAUGGAAACCAUUCCAGUUUGCAUUCACAUGUCUCUGAAAAUGAGAAGGAGUUAUGUAUGUUGUCAACAAUUCUCUGAUAAGUUUGAGAGAAAUGUAUUUGAUAUUAUCUGUGAUUGUUUAUAUAUCCAUGCAAUGUUUGUUCCUCGCAUAAAGUUCAAUAAAAAGACUUGAA